AGCCUCCCAUUGGUGGGUCAAAUUUGAUAUUGUUCCCCGGCUCAACAAAAUCUAUUCAUUCACACACACACACUCCCAAAUGGAGUAAAUUUGCAGAGGCAGACUGAAAGCCAAAACAGAUUUCAGACCCUUAUUCAGCAGCCAAAUCUGCGGCGUUUCUUGGAAGAAGAAGAAGAACGGGAAGGAUUUGGUUCAUUUCAUGGAUUCAGAAAAAUAACAAUCUCCAAGCAACUGCAUAAGUGUUUCAUUUCAGGAAAACAAUCUUGAUAGUCUUGUAUUGCAGUUGCUGAUCUCAAGUGUUUCUGAAAUGGAUGAUUUUGGUGGUGAUCGCGUGCAACCAUUCAUGGGAGAUUAUUGGAUGCUCAGCCCAACAAGUUCUAAUGCAUUUUUCUCUUUGACUAAUGACAAUGAAAAUAAAACUGAUGCUGAAGAAGAAGAAGAAGAAUGUGUAUCACCAGCCCGCCAUCAAACUGCAGCUGGAUUCAUCAGUCCACAGCCUGAGCCAAAAACCAACUGUCAUGGAGGAGGUUUAAUGGAGAGGAUGGCAGCUAGAGCCGGUUUCAGUGCCCCAAAGCUGAACACUGAGAGCAUUCGCCCUUCUGCUCUUGCUGUAAACCACCAAGAAACCAGGUCUCACUUGGCAAUUCCACCUGGCCUUAGUCCAUCAACCCUUCUUGAUUCCCCAGUUUUCCUCUCUAAUUCUCUUGUCCAAUCAUCUCCAACAACUGGGAAAUUUGCAUUUCCAUCAAUGGGUGACAGUCAAAACUCGACAUUAUUCGCAGUGGCUUCUGAUAACAACAACAACAAUGAUACCUCAUCAUUUGCAUUCAAGCCAUUUAUAGAGAAUGUUCCUCCCAUUUGCCCUGUUACGGUACCUCCAGCCAGUCUUUACAGCCAAUCCAUUUCUGAGCCCAAUGCUGAGGAUGCUGGAGAUCCCAGUUCGGUUGGUGCACCGGCUGAUGAUGGCUAUAACUGGAGAAAAUAUGGGCAGAAACAGGUGAGAGGGAGUGAGUAUCCGCGGAGUUACUACAAGUGCACACAUUCGAAUUGCCCAGUCAAGAAGAAGGUGGAGCGGUCACAGGAGGGUCAUAUCACAGAGAUUAUCUAUAUGGGGGCCCACACUCACCCGAAGCCUCCCUCCAAUCGUAGGGCAGCCGUUGAAUCCGAAAAUGCUGAACAGGACAACAAUGGUGAUUGGAAGAGUGAGAAUCUUGAAGUAACAUCUUCUGCACCUUUGGGGUCUGAACACGGCGAAGGACCUCAGGCCCAGAAUGGCACUCAUUAUGAAUCUGGGGAUCCUGUGGAUGGUUCUUCCCUUUUUUCAAAUGAUGAAGAUGAAGACGAUCGCGGUACAAAUGGCAGCGUAUCACUGGGUUAUGAGGGUGAAGGAGAUGAGCUCGACUCAAAGAGAAGGAAGAUUGAAACUUAUGCAGCAGAAAUGACCGGAGGGGCGACAAGAGCCAUUAGAGAACCCAGGGUGGUGGUGCAGACUACCAGCGAGGUUGACAUUCUAGAUGAUGGGUACCGUUGGCGCAAGUAUGGACAAAAGGUUGUGAAAGGGAAUCCAAAUCCAAGGAGUUACUACAAGUGCACGAGCGCUGGCUGCACUGUUAGGAAGCAUGUGGAGAGGGCUUCGCACGAUCUGAAAUCAGUUAUUACAACCUAUGAAGGGAAACACAACCAUGAUGUUCCAGCAGCCAGAAACAGCAACAACCAUCAUCAUAGCCAUGCCAACAAUCCUGGGGGUUCCUCCAGCAUUUUGCCAUCACAGAGUGUUCAUGUGCACAGGCCUGAGACUCCUCACCAGCAGUUCGCCAUGCCCCACCUCGGAUCCUUCGGUUUCCAUGGCGGGCCCCACCUCGGAUUCGGUUUCGGGAUGAUGAGCCAGCAAGGCAUUGCGGGCAUGUUUCCAGCUCAUCAUCCGUACCUAGGACAGCACCAACCGGGCCCACCGAUGAAUGGGCUGCUGAUGGUCAAGGCAGAACCAAAAAUGGAGCCCGGUUCGGAACCCGGUUUGAAUCUCUCUUCUAAUGACUCUUCACCCUAUCAGCAGUUCACCACCAGUAGGUUGCCUCUUGGACCUCAGAUGUGAAAACUUAAAUUCUAUUGCCAUUAUGGGGUUUUGAAGAAGAAGAAGAAGAAGAAAUGUUAGAUUGGAUU